AUGUCUCUCUCUGAUCGAGCCACAAGCUCUGAAAAGGCUGGCCAAGAACUGGUGAUAUGGAAAGUUUUGCUGGACUUGUGGGACCAAGAAACCAAUCCCUCUGGAAUUGUCAGUCUGGGCGUCGCUGAAAACAGGCUGAUGCAUGACACUCUCUCAAAGCACAUCCAUGACAAUUUGACGCUGUCCAACCAUGCAUUUACUUAUGGCGAUGGUGCGUCAGGGUCGAACCAUAUAAAGAAGGCCAUGUCUAGUUUUCUCAAUAAGCACCUCAAGCCUAUCACGCCUAUUGCUCCCGCUCACAUCUCCAUCACCAAUGGCUGCAGCUCGGUGAUUGAGCAUCUUUCGUGGGCAUUUGCCAACCCCGGUGAAGCAUUCUUGCUGGGGCAACCAUACUACGGGACAUUUAUUGAGGAUUUGACGGCACGAACUGGCGCAAAAGUUGUCCCAGUUCCCUUUCACGGCGUUGAUCCUUUGACUGAGAACGCAGUCGCCAAGUACGAAGAGGCGCUGAAAGAAGCAGAGGCCAAAGGGACAAAAGUGGCUGGAUUAGUUCUUUGCAACCCCCACAACCCCCUUGGGCGCUGCUACAGUCGAGAUGCUAUCGUUGGGCUUUUGAAACUCUGCGAAAAGUACCAGAUCCAUUUCAUCAGCGAUGAGAUUUAUGCCUUGUCUGUUUGGGACAACACAGUUGAUACCGACAUUGCGCUUGAGCCGUUUACCUCUUGCCUCAGCAUCGAUACCGCUGGUAUUAUCGAUCCAUCUCGGGUCCAUGUCAUUUGGGGCAUGUCAAAGGAUUUCGGAGCCAACGGCAUUAGAGUGGGCGCCCUCAUAUCGCAGGCUAACCCGUCGUUGCACGCUGCACUGAUUCCCGUUAACCUCUAUAGCUCAGCAUCAUCCAUCUCGGAUCAUGUUACAGCUAACAUCCUUGAGGACGAUGCUUGGGUGGAGGAUUACAUCACUGAGAACAGGAGAAGGCUGGCUCAGCAGUAUAGAACAGUUACCUUGUGGGCUAAGGAGAACAACAUCACCUAUCGACCCGGUGUGAACGCCGCUUUCUUCCUGUGGGUGGACUUGGGAAGUGUUUAUAAAUCACUACAUCCCAACGCUGAGACGGGCGAUUUGAACAAGACAAUAGCCACAGCACUGCUUAAGCACAAGAUAUUCCUGGCGUCUGGGACAGCGUUUGGCUCAGAGGAACCCGGCUGGUUCCGAAUUGUAUUUUCACACCCUGAAGACUAUCUGCAAGAGGGCCUAAAGAGAGUGCUCACUGCGUUGGCCCAGCUGUGA